CGAAACUUGCUAUGCUAUAUUUUACAAGGUGUCAUUAACGUCAAUUUUGACAGUCUUGUGACAUUUGGUUUGACAGACGUCAUUAAACGUCAACAAGAAAAGUUCUUCUAUUUUUUGCCCAGUUGAAAACUGCAGGCAUCAAAAUGGGCAGACGACCCGCGAGAUGUUAUCGCUACUGUAAAAACAAGCCUUACCCCAAAUCCCGUUUCUGUCGGGGUGUCCCAGACCCAAAGAUUCGUAUUUUCGAUUUGGGUAAGAAAAAGGCUGCCGUAGACGACUUCCCCUUGUGCGUCCACUUGGUAUCGGACGAAUAUGAACAACUUAGCUCUGAAGCAUUGGAAGCAGGUCGUAUCUGUUGUAACAAAUACCUUGUCAAGAACUGCGGUAAAGAUCAAUUCCACAUCCGUAUGAGACUUCAUCCUUUCCAUGUCAUCAGAAUCAAUAAGAUGUUAUCAUGUGCCGGAGCUGAUAGGCUCCAAACUGGAAUGAGAGGUGCCUUUGGUAAACCCCAAGGUGUAGUGGCUCGUGUCCGCAUCGGACAGCCAAUCAUGAGUGUCAGGUCCACUGACCGUUUCAAGGCUCAAGUAAUUGAAGCUUUGAGGCGUGCCAAGUUCAAGUUCCCUGGCCGUCAGAAGAUCUAUGUGUCCAAGAAGUUUGGUUUCACCAAAUAUGAGAGGGACCAGUAUGAACAGCUGAAGAAUGAAGGCAGGUUGGCGCAAGACGGUUGCAACGUCAAGUACAGGCCUGAGCAUGGACCUUUGGCUGCCUGGAAGAAAGUACAGGACGAGAUUUAUGCUUAAUGUGUAAUCUUGACUCAAUAAAGUGAUUUUUUAUUUAAGUUAA